AUGGGAGACUCCAAUGUGAAAGUUCCAAUGGCUUUUGGGACAAAGCUUACACCUUCUUUGGAGAAGUCGGCCGCUGACAUGACACUUUAUUGUCAAAUGAUUGGGUCACUAAUGUAUCUUACAGCUAGUAGACCCGACAUCAUGUUCUCAGUUUGCUACUGUGCCAUGAAAAACAUCUUUCGCUAUCUGAAGCUAACCUUCUCUCUCGGUCUAUGGUAUCCAGCCAACUCAGGUUUCUUUGUCCAAGCGUUUUUAGAUGCUGACUUAGGUGGGUGUGGAUUGGAUCGUAAAAGCACCACUAGAGGACGCCAAUUUCUCAAUGGUAAAUUGGUCAGCUGGCAAUCAAAGAAACAAACCUGUGUUUCUCUCUCCAUGGAAAAAGCUUAA